CAGGCAAAAAGGCAGUUUCCAAAACGUCUCCAACGUGAUCGCGCUCCAGAGAUUUUUUUUCCUAAAGUUUUAGGGCUGCGCGGAAGGGAACAUGGGGUUCACCUCAGGAAAUUUCAGACGCCACCCCCCUCGGAGGAAGGUAGUCGCGUCCGGUUCCUCCCCGGGUGUCAGUUCAGCAGGCCGGGCUGUGAGCGAAGGUUCUGGGCGGGGCUGGACUGUUCUAAGUGAGUUCGGGUGGGGGAGCUUCACGAGGGGAGGCUUCCCGGUGAAGGAACCGCCUUUCUCUCCGCGUGUCUCACCCUUUUCUCCCCGUAUCUGUUUGGACAUGAGUUGAGCGCACGGUCGCAGGCGGUCAGCCCUGUUCGCAGCUAUGGCGAGGAGGGGAGGGAUUGCCCCUUGUUGCCGCUCCGCUUAGUGGCUGCGUCCAUUCCGGGCGGCGUCCCGAUUUUAGGGGUAGGGAGAAGUGUCAGCUUCAGGCAUCGCGAGGCGUGGCGGCCCCAUGGCCCCGCUGGGAGGCUCCCCGCGGCUUGUGCUGCUGUUCAGCGGCAAGAGGAAAUCCGGGAAGGACUUCGUGACCGAGGCGCUGCAGAGCAGACUCGGAGCUGAUGUCUGUGCUGUCCUCCGGCUCUCUGGUCCACUCAAGGAGCAGUAUGCUCAGGAGCAUGGCUUGAACUUCCAGAGACUCCUGGACACCAGCACCUACAAGGAGGCCUUUCGGAAGGACAUGAUCCGCUGGGGAGAGGAGAAGCGCCAGGCUGACCCAGGCUUCUUUUGCAGGAAGAUUGUGGAGGGCAUCUCCCAGCCCAUCUGGCUGGUGAGUGACACACGGAGAGUGUCUGACAUCCAGUGGUUUCGGGAGGCCUAUGGGGCCGUGACGCAGACGGUCCGCGUUGUAGCAUUGGAGCAGAGCCGACAGCAGCGGGGCUGGGUGUUCACGCCAGGGGUGGACGACGCUGAGUCAGAAUGUGGCCUGGACAACUUCGGGGACUUUGACUGGGUCAUCGAGAACCAUGGAGUUGAACAGCGCCUGGAGGAGCAGUUGGAGAACCUGAUAGAAUUUAUCCGCUCCAGACUUUAGUCACUAGGUUCUAGGAGUGAGCUGGGGCCUGCUGAGGUGGGGGUGGGGCUGACUCUGCAAGAUGGGGGGUCCCCUGAUCCUGGCCGAGGUGAGGAACAGACAGAGGGGGGUCUAGAUUCUGAGGGGGUUGGUGGAUAUUGGGCAAGGCAGGAAACCUCUGGAGACCUCAUUUUCGCCAUGCUCUUCAGGAGGAGACUCCAAGGGCAAAGGAGGGUGUCUUGGCUGUGCUUGAAGGAGAAACCCUGCCAUAUCCCCAGUGCCAGUCCCCUCAGCCUGUGGCGGCCUUACAUCCUGACUGGAUGUUCUCAGCCCCUUGUUCUGGGCAAGAACCCAGGGCUCCCCAGUGUCGAUACUAAUAAACCUCUUUGGAGCACAC